CCCGGAGCCGAGAGGCUGCGGGCUUGGUCUGCGGCGGCUGCUGAGGCGGCGGCCGGGCCUGCGGCUGGAGGUUGAAGAGAAAUCCAGGUCCGCAGUUGACUGCUACUCUCUGCCACCAUGGGGGAGCUUUUCCGGAGUGAGGAGAUGACGCUGGCCCAGCUUUUUCUACAGUCAGAAGCUGCUUAUUGUUGCGUCAGUGAAUUAGGAGAACUCGGAAAGGUUCAGUUUCGUGAUUUAAAUCCAGAUGUGAAUGUUUUCCAGCGGAAAUUUGUGAAUGAAGUUAGAAGAUGUGAAGAAAUGGAUCGAAAGCUUCGAUUUGUUGAGAAAGAGAUAAGAAAAGCUAAUAUUCCAAUUAUGGACACUGGCGAAAACCCAGAGGUGCCCUUCCCUCGGGACAUGAUUGACUUAGAGGCCAAUUUUGAGAAGAUUGAAAAUGAACUGAAGGAAAUCAACACAAACCAAGAAGCUUUGAAGAGAAACUUCCUGGAACUGACCGAAUUAAAAUUUAUACUUCGCAAAACUCAACAGUUUUUCGAUGAGAUGGCGGAUCCAGACCUGUUGGAAGAGUCCUCAUCCCUCUUGGAGCCAAGUGAGAUGGGAAGAGGCACACCUUUAAGACUUGGCUUCGUGGCUGGUGUGAUUAACCGGGAGCGCAUCCCUACCUUUGAGCGCAUGCUUUGGCGGGUGUGCCGUGGGAAUGUGUUCCUGCGACAGGCUGAAAUCGAGAACCCCCUGGAGGAUCCUGUGACUGGCGACUACGUGCACAAAUCUGUGUUCAUCAUUUUCUUCCAAGGCGAUCAGCUGAAAAACAGAGUCAAGAAAAUCUGUGAAGGGUUCCGGGCUUCACUUUAUCCCUGUCCUGAGACACCACAGGAGAGGAAGGAAAUGGCUUCUGGAGUUAAUACCAGGAUUGAUGAUCUCCAAAUGGUUCUGAAUCAAACAGAGGAUCACCGCCAGAGAGUUCUGCAGGCAGCUGCUAAGAACAUCCGUGUCUGGUUCAUCAAAGUGCGGAAGAUGAAGGCCAUCUACCACACUCUGAACCUGUGCAACAUAGACGUGACCCAGAAGUGUCUGAUUGCAGAGGUCUGGUGCCCGGUCACCGAUCUCGACUCCAUCCAGUUUGCACUUAGAAGGGGCACGGAACACAGUGGUUCCACCGUGCCCUCCAUUUUGAACAGGAUGCAGACAAACCAGACUCCUCCGACCUAUAACAAAACAAACAAGUUCACAUAUGGCUUUCAGAACAUAGUGGAUGCUUAUGGAAUUGGAACUUACCGAGAGAUAAAUCCAGCUCCAUACACCAUCAUCACUUUCCCUUUCCUAUUUGCUGUGAUGUUUGGGGACUUUGGCCAUGGCAUUUUGAUGACCCUUUUUGCUGUAUGGAUGGUGUUAAGGGAGAGCCGGAUCCUCUCCCAGAAGAAUGAGAAUGAGAUGUUUAGCACUGUGUUCAGCGGCCGAUACAUUAUUCUGUUGAUGGGUGUGUUCUCCAUCUACACUGGCCUCAUCUACAAUGAUUGCUUUUCCAAGUCUCUGAAUGUCUUCGGGUCAUCCUGGAGCGUACGGCCGAUGUUCACUAUAUAUAAUUGGACGGAGGAGACACUUCGGGGGAACCCUGUUCUCCAGCUGAACCCAGCUGUCCCUGGAGUUUUUGGUGGACCGUAUCCUUUCGGCAUCGAUCCAAUUUGGAACAUUGCUACCAAUAAACUGACCUUCCUCAACUCCUUUAAGAUGAAGAUGUCUGUUAUCCUAGGUAUCAUCCACAUGAUGUUUGGAGUCAGCCUGAGCCUCUUCAACCAUACCUAUUUCAAGAAGCCUCUGAAUAUCUACUUUGGAUUUAUUCCUGAAAUAAUCUUCAUGACCUGUUUAUUUGGCUACUUGGUUAUCCUUAUUUUUUACAAGUGGACAGCCUAUGACGCUCAUACAUCUAAGCAAGCACCAAGCCUUCUGAUCCAUUUCAUAAACAUGUUUCUCUUUUCCUACUCAGACUCUGGUAAUUCAAUGCUGUAUUCUGGACAGAAAGGAAUUCAGUGUUUCUUGGUAGUGGUUGCACUACUGUGUGUACCUUGGAUGCUACUGAUUAAACCACUGGUCCUUCGCCAUCAAUAUUUGAGGAGGAAGCAUUUGGCAGGGCAACCUGUGGAGGCCCCAGUCAGCCCACCCCUGAGCCAGCAGGGACUAGAGGCAGCAGCAGCUGCAACAGGAACUCUGAACUUUGGUGGGAUCAGGGUGGGCAACGGACCGACAGAGGAGGAUGCUGAGAUUAUUCAGCAUGACCAGCUCUCCACCCAUUCAGAGGACGCGGAAGAGUUUGACUUUGGGGACACCAUGGUCCACCAGGCCAUCCACACCAUCGAGUACUGCCUGGGCUGCAUCUCCAACACUGCCUCCUACCUGCGGCUCUGGGCCCUCAGCCUCGCUCAUGCACAGCUGUCUGAGGUGCUCUGGACCAUGGUGAUCCACAUCGGCCUAAAUGUGAAGAGCUUGGCAGGAGGUUUGGCGCUGUUCUUCAUCUUCGCCGCCUUUGCUACCCUGACCGUGGCCAUCCUUCUGAUCAUGGAGGGCCUCUCGGCCUUCCUCCACGCACUGCGGUUACACUGGGUCGAGUUCCAGAAUAAAUUCUACAGUGGGACUGGUUUCAAGUUUCUCCCCUUCUCCUUCGAGCACAUUCGGGAAGGGAAGUUUGACGAGUGAGCCCUCGAGGGCCUGUGUGCCCCGCUGCCCUGCCCGCUCCCUCCACAGCGAUUAGCUGUGCUCCUCUUGCCUGUUGGUUGUGAUCCCUGGGUAUUGGGGCAUUUGUGUCAUCCCUGCCACCCCUCCCCCAGCCGCCUGUGAGUCAUUUAGAUAGAUCCGGCCUCCCUGGGUCCCCCAGACCUCCAGCUGUGUGUGUAGCAUGGUGAUUUUCUGGAGAAAAGCUGGGCUCUGGCUGUCACUUACACCACCUGGGCACCAGCCUUGCCUUCCCAGCCUCGGUCCAGCCAAAGACAGCCCCUUCUCUGCCCCCUGGUGGUGAACCAGUUUGUGCAUUUACACAUGAGCCCAAAGGCCAUGGAAGGAGGGCCUUUGCCAUCCACACCCAGACUUUGAGCCCCUGUUCCUGCCACUCUAGUCACUGUUUGGGGGUGGGGUGCUCUUUAACACACCCUACUCUUGGGUUAAGAGGGGUGGGUCCAGGAAGGUGGUUCUUUUGUCCUCUGCCCACCCCCCUCCGGUGUUCAGGGCACUUGUUAAUCAGGAAUUCAGCUGGACCCAGUUGUGCCAUUGUGCAUGGCUUCUCCCUGUCACCCCUAAGGGUCCCAGGGUACCCAACACCACCUUCCUAACCCCCACCGUCCUUUACACCCUCUCCUCCUCCCUCCCAGAAUCCUCUUCCUUCCCUCUCCCCCGUUUGCACCCAACAUAACAUAGCACAGCUGGGAGUGACCCAAAACAGAGGUCCUAGCUGUUUCCUCUGGUUGGGCUUCUCAGGCCAUGCAUGGGCCCUGCUACAAGCACGCCCUCGGGCCAGGGGGUUCACAGUGAUGCUCUUUGCUGGUGCAGACCCUGAGCCCUUUCCACACCCCAAUCAUGAGUCUUGAGUACAGGACUAUAGUCAUCAAGGGGGUCCUGCCUGCAGGCCUGCCUUGCCCCGCCCACUAGUACUCCUCCCCACUUCCGUGCUGACCCCAAGUCGAAGGACUGGGGCCCUGGGAAGGAAGGUCAGUGUCCUUCACAGUUUGCUGACUAGAAGCAGCUGGCAGGGCUGCCAGUGCAUGUGGUUGUGAGAGCUGCCCAGCCCUGCCCUGUGGGCUGGUGGUGAGCACCCCCAAGGGGCCUCUCCCGUCACUCGCAUACCAGGCUAUGGAUCUCAGGGCCUUUUAAUCAUGUCUUGGCGCAGCAGCCCUGGCUGCUUCAGCUAAAUUGAUCUGACCGCCUUCAGUGGUUGAGAUAACCCCCUGAAAUGGCCCGGCUCCUGCCCUCCUCCCACCCUGGCUUUCUGAGAGAGCUGCUUAGAGCUGCGCACCCGAUUUUCCCAGGCUGGGCUGGCCCUGGGUGUAGGCCAACUGCCCUAGCUUCACUGUGUCUGGCCAGUGUGACCUGACCUGGACCUUGUGCAGAGCGCCCCCCCCCCCCCGCCCCGGGUCCCGUGGUUUACAUGAUGAUCUUUGUUCUGUUUACAGCGGGGUGUGAAGCAGAGUUCUUUGUCAGGAACCCUGCCCAAGGCCCUUCUGUUCAGGCAUUUCUGUGCUGAAUAAAGUGUGUUUGACUCCACCAGG